UCUGGGGUCACAAAAAUGCAAGACUCCCAAGCUGCAGCGACGACAGAAUAUAUGACUUGUGCGAUAAACCGAAAUAUUGUCUUUCACGGUUACUCAGGAACUUGAUUACCGAAAGGGAGUACUUCCUAGAAUCCGUCACGAAGCCGGUAGAUAUAUACAGGGGUGCUUUUAUACGUGCACACUUCUACGUGCGACCUGUGAAGUGCUAAGACGGGCCAUUCUGUAUCCGGACAUCGGAACGAGGUGUGCUUUUUAACCUUUUUUCAAACUGAUCGAGAUACCUCCUUUUUUUAGAGAAAAUGAUGAUUCUAUCGGCGUUAUUGCUCUCAGCGUGCCUACACCUCACAAGAGGGAGGAGUUUGGUUGACAUGGACAUGGAGAAUGAGAUAAACUUAAACUCACACAGCGAUUGGGUUAAAAUAAGUCAAUCACCGAAAAGGCACAUCACCAGAAACCUCGGCCAGCGUCUGGAGCUUGAAUGUGAGGCUAUGGGAUCACCCCCUCCCACCAUACAGUGGUUCAAAGAAGAUAGGCUGUUAACAGUACCGAUCAACAUCGACCGUUACGAGAAUAAUAUCGUCAAUGAAAUAUCUUCUCAAGGAUUGGCGAAAGUAAAGAGUAGGCUGGUCUUAAACUACCUUUUACCUGUGCACGAAGGAAUGUUCAGAUGUUUAGCUGAAAGUGGACUCGAGAAAGUCGUGGCUGAAAGCAGAGUCUAUGUGAUCAACAAAGAAGGCAUUCAGAUGAAUUUCACCACUCUGGUCCAAAGGAACAUCCUUGGAGCCCACCACAAGCCCAGGGUUACCCUAUGGUCCCCAGACUACAUGGAUACCAUUGGUCACGAAGUUCUUUUGCCAUGCCAAGGUGUUGGUAACCCAAGACCUGAAAUCCAAUGGGUAAACCCAGAGGGUGAAUUGGUUAGAGAAGGAAAUGGAAGAAUAUCCAUGUUACCAAAUGGAGAAUUGAGAAUACGGACUGUCACAUGGUCUGAUAUGGGAGUGUACACCUGUAUAGCGAAGAAUCAUCUAGGCGAAGACUCUGAAGAAACUUUCUUAUAUCCGAUGCAAGAAUCAUAACGUAGGUUAUAAACAAAACCUAGGAGUAUUCAAAGCAACGGAAGGAGUCGAUGAUCUAGUCAAAUUACUUUUGUAAAGAACUUAUGUUUUCAUAAGUACCAAUUCCAUUAGUAUUUAUUGAACCAACCGAAUGUAUUUAGUUUACCUUAAUUUAAAACCAUUGAGUAUUGUACUUAUUUAUAAACUUCUAUAAGGAUAUAAGUUAAUUUAUUAUAUUAUAUUAGGAAUAAAUUCAUGAAAUUGAAAUAAAUUCUCAAUGCACAAUAACGAAAAGUAUUUCAUUGUUCUAAAUCCAUUCCUUCCAGUAGAUAAGAUCAGAGUGUUCAGGGGUAGGAAUUUUGUUUAACUAUCCUUCCUAUUUUAAUACCUACUCUAGAAACAUAAAUAGGAUUCAUUCCAAUAGAA